AUGGAAAAUGAUCUGAGAAGCAAAGCGACAGCAAUUUUUAAUAAUUUAAAUAGAUUCUUAAAUUCACUUAACUAUAAAGAACCAAAUAAUGUCGGAUCCGAAUCGUCUUCAAAGGACAAUUUUCCCGACUCCAAGUUCAGCGUAUCCGACCCGAAUAACCUCAAAAAUAUUGAAAAAUACCUAAGCGAAAAUUCAGAUGGAUUUUCAAGCAAAUUUAACUUACUUUGUAGCUUUAAUACCAUAUAUUCUGACAUUUUAUUGGAGGACGAUCCUAUCGGAAUUCCCCUCAAGCCUAUAUAUUACACGAACUUGAGUAGAUUAGGCACUGAAGACCAAGUACUUCCAUCUGCCAAUUUAGAUUCCCAUGCCCAAGAUGACCCUAAUGCUGACUUCGAACUGAUAAGUAACUUGAGCAGUGAAGCUGGUGGCGAUUCUGAUGAAGACUCUUUCGUUUGUUCAGUGGAUUCGAACUUUGUUAAUUACACUUAUUGGUCUGUUGAAACUGGCGAGAAUGUAAGCUCGACCUCUAAACCUACUUAUUUCAACGCUAAAAACUGCAAGAUUUCCCUUCUUCAGGAGGCUGAAGCCUUUGUCGCUGAGGCCCUUUGGGGUUCCGACAAUAAUCUAUUCAAGAUCACUCCCAGGCACUUGUUGCUGCAAUCUGCUCAAAUUGCAAACAGAGCCUUCUUUGACCCUGAUUAUCGCAAAUACUUACAACUCAAUUAUGUAUAA